AUGGUCGCAUACGACUUUGUUUUGUUUUCUCUAUGUGACGGGAAGAGAGCUGAAACCGAUGAUACAGUCUCUAAUACUCCUGCUACACUUGAAACGUUUGCUGAAAGAAUUGCAUGCACCCUGUGGAACAUCACAUUUCAGCCAGCUUAUCAUUUUGAAUUUUGGUUGAUACUGAGUUUGUUCAUCCAAAAUCUACAAAAGGGUAUAACCGGAUGGUUGGUGAUGUUGGAUAUGGUCGCAACUACUAUUUUUGGCCUUAAUCAUGGAAAGCCACAGUUCUUGAAGGAGGUAAAUACUCACAAAUCCUUGCAGUUUUUUAGUUGUUGA